AUGUCGUCAAGGAUCAGUACUCAUAGGAACAGUACCUUCCUACGAGACAUUCAGCCGACUGAUGUCGACGGAGUGGCUACUUUCGACACUAUCGUUCCGGGCUAUUACUCCGGCCGUGCCACCCAUACCCGCUUACUUAUCCAUACUAAUGCCACCAUUCUUGCUAACGGUACCCUCCAAAUCAACUCGGGUUCAAUCACCAACAACGAACAGCCAUCCUACAACGAAGCCUUCGCUCUGCUACAUAGGUAG